AUGGAUGGGGAGUUGCCGGAAUACAACAGUGAUGUGCAAAAUAUGUUGGACCUCUUCAUCACAAGCGAGCAGGGCCACCUACUCCAGCACGAGAAUGGUGAUGAGAUGCAUGGCCUGCUGGGAGCCACUACCAACAUGGGCAACACUGACGAUGCCAACGCUGCUGCUGCAGACAAAGGCAACAAUAACGAUGGAGAGAUCAAUAGUGAGCAGAGAAUGGUGACAAGGCGUGCAAAUUAUAACCGUCUCCGUGGAGAACAAAUCCAACAACUUGAAGUUGUGUUCCAAGAAAGCCCUUAUCCAGAUGCGAAACUCCGGCAAGACCUUAGCGAGAGGCUUGGCAUGAGUGCCCUCCAGGUCAAGUUUUGGUUCCAAAACAAACGCUCCUCCAGCAAGGGCAAGAGGCAACUACAGGACACCAAAAAUCUUCAGGGAGAGAACCAGAUGCUAAAAGAUGAAAACCAAGCUAUCAAGUGGGUUGUUGAACACAAGACAUGCCUCAAAUGCGCAGGGGUGAUACUAAAAACUCAGGAUACCUCGGAGCACCAACGCCUGUGUACAGAGAAUAUGAGGCUCAAGGAAGAACUCCGCCGUGCCACCGCCUAUCUUAAAGAGGGUCUCUACCGUAAUGGCAUGUGGCCCCAAUUUACCCGCAACUUAGCACAGCGUCUUCUGUGUUAGUCAACGUCACAUGAACCCUAGUUUCCUUUAUUCCUCGGCCAGCAAAUAACGCGCCAUGUCGUGUGUGUAUGCACACGACUUGGCUGCUGGUUUAUUUCUUUAUGUAGACUGUUGUGGUUGCUAUAUGGGAUGGCAUGAGACCUAGCGAUUGCGGCAGCAAUGUUGGGGUUCUGGAGUGAGUGGC